UGAAAACAUACAAUUUUGGUUGGCCCAAGCCUUGUUUCGCACAGACAUGGUUUUCCGGUGCUGGUUAAAGGGAUAUUGAAUGCUAAUUGGCAGAUUGUAGGAAGGUUUUCUUGCAGGAAAGAGGGUGGAAUUGGAAGAAAUGGAAACUGCAUGAUCGCGUAUUCAAUUCAAAUCGAACUCGUGUGCCACUUUUGCGCACUGACUUUGGUAAUUGUUUAUAUAAGGCCAGGUCAGAGCUCGCCUUCGCUGGAGGUAUCGUAACUGCCUCCAUCAAAUGCGGUUUCACUUCCCGCCAAGAAUUUUGAUCUCAAGACACUAUCCAUUUCCAAACCCCCUUCUACCCAGGAGAGUGUCUACCAAUCUGGCCAUUCCAAACCGUUCUGCAAACAACAAAAACAAUAUAAAGUCAUCACAAUGCCCCCAGACACAAGACCCGUCGAUAGACGCGACAAGACACACAUCCGCCCCCUGACCGGCGCGCCGCCCGAGCUCUCCUACUUCACCGCGAGAGACUUCGCCUACGGCCGCACGAUGCGCAACAUGCAGAUCUCGGGCUUCCACCGCUGGGGCUAUGUCGUCAUACGCACCGCGUCAUACAACGAAGACAACAACCAGCUCUGGGAGCCGUUCCUGGCCCACCUCCGCGCCGUCAACGAUCACGACAUCCCGGCGUUCAUGCUGCCCCUGCUGACGUGGGACGUGCUGGAGGACCGAGACCUCGAAGGUGCGGGCGUCGAGGCUGCGAUUCGGCAGUUUUCGGCGUGGCGGGCCGAGGUGUCUGUGGAGAGGGAUGGCGAGGGCGCAGAUGAUUUGCUUGUGCGGGUGGGACACGUUGCGCGGAUCCGGUACUUUGUCAUGGUUGACGAUGAGAGCCUAGCAUCUCUGCGUGAGGCGGAAAGUGUGGCUAAGGCUAUGCCUGGCCGCCGCCCGCUGCCACCGGUCAAAGUGCGGGUGGUUGAUGCAGGAUGUCCGGAGGGGGUGGAGCAUUUAUUUGGAUUCGGCCCUUUCGAUCCUGGUUGUCAAGAAGCAGUAGAGGCGCAGGCCAGUGGGCAGGCUAGUCAAGGUGAUGGAGAAGAUGGUGAGGAAGAUGAGGAAGAUGACGACGUAGACGAUGACAGUGUAGAUAUGUCAGACACGCAUUCGCCAGUAGAGGGAUGCACAAGCUGGGAUGUGGGCUGGAUGUGGGUUCGGACCAAGUUUCUCCUCAGCUUCUCCGACAUUCUACAGGUAGACCAGGGUUGGAGCCUCUUCUACGAGCGUCCGCCAAAGGUAUACUAGUUGUUUAGGUAGACGGGAUAUACACGAACACAUCCCCAACUCUUCACACUAGGUACCCAUAUAAUUUACGUAUCAUCACUUGGCCUACAGAUAACUAAAUAUACCC